GGUGCCUGCUACAGAGGCAACAUGGAGAGAGAGGGCAUGCUGGUCCAAUCCUAUUACUAUGGGAGGAUUGGAAGUGAGGCCACGGAGAGGCUCCUGGAGAGGUAUGGACAUGACGGCAGCUUUCUGCUGAGGGACAGCAACACCGUGCAGGGGGCCUACUGCUUGUGUGUGAGGAAAGCACCGUUUGUGCACACCUACAGGCUUGUGAACUCUACCACUGGCUGGUCUCUUCAGGGUUCAGGAAUCAGGCUGCAGAAUUUUAGGACUCUGGAAACACUGAUAGAGAGCUUCAGAAAUGGCACAGCUUCUGAUGUGGGUGUCGUCCCUCUCACAGAUCCAGUGGACAAAACUGACUUUGUCUACGUAGAAAUGUGUAGCAGUAGCAGCUCUAUCUGUUGAAAUCCAAGCCUGUACCUGCACUGUAUAGACACAUCAAGGACCUGUGUAUACUGUGUCAUUUUUCUACAUGGUGAUGUUUGACAUUAAAAAAGGGUGUCCGAUGUUAUCUUACCACACACAUGGCCAGUUUCAAAUGCAUUGUCAUUUCACCGUUAAGUCAAAUCAGAUAGUUUUGGUAUGGUUUGUUUUUUUUUAAAUAGAUGCUGUGAGAAAAAGACAAUCUGCUGCUGUUGCGGUUUCCUUUUUUUAAGAUCUAUGUCCUUCAUAUGUGGUGCAUCAUUGUGUGUGUGUGAGAUUGUAUAUUUGUGGGUGCCGGAUAUGGGUGUGUUUCGGUUGUCAAUACACAAUUUAGUUCCACCAGCUUGAUAGUCUGAAUUCUAAGUUACUGGUUGUUUGUGUGUAUCAGGAUGUUUUGUGUCAUAAAAGAUAGAUAUUUCACACUCUUGUGGUUAUUUAUAAUAAUGGUUUCAAACACACAUAGGCUGAGUUGAUGUUUUUUUGUGCUUUAUAUCUGCUUGGGGAAGUCACAAUAAUAUACAGUAGCAUAUAUGAUCUUUGCGGUUUCUCUGUACAUAUAUUUUUUCUUAUCUGAAGCCACAGCAGCACAAUGUCUCUAACUGAGCAUGACAAUACAGGAACUAUAGCAACACAUGAGUAGUGGAUCAUACGAUCUAUUGUGAGUCAAAAUGUGACUUUAUGUGCUUAUUUACAUUUGCAACACAAGAGUGAUCUUUGUCAUUGGUAAUAUCCGUAUUUAGUUAUUUCAGGUGUUACAAAGAGUAAAAUGAAAAGAGAAAAAACUGCAGCAGGGACUGAAGGUGGAUCACUUUAUUCCUCUGGCAGAUUUAAAGG